AUGGAGCCCCCAGGCACCCCGACGAUCAUCGCAUGGGAGGGCUCUGCUUCGUCUCGCUCUGGCGGCCGAACCGGCGACGAUCAAUAUGGCUUCCGCCUCACUGGUUUGGCGGCGCCGAUCGAAGCCCUCCAUGCCAUCACCGACACGCCGUACGUCGUACGUCACCCUACCGACGCCUCGAGCCAGUAA